AUGUCAGCUGGAGAUAAUCCGUCCGCUGUCAUGUGCAACUACCGCAUGCGCAUAGCAUGGCUUGGCUCACUUCCUGAUGAUCAGGUCGUUGCGCCCGGACCGGAUGUGACGAGUGGCCGCUCGCCAGUCCACUUGCUUACCAUUCAAACCACCCAGCUUCUCGUCGAUUAUCUGAAAUUCUGGCGCAUCUACCUCGUUAUCGCGUCCAAGAUCCCUGACAGGCCUCGCCGGCGUUAUACGGACUCGAACAGUGACCAAGCAAAACAGAUUGGAUACUGGUGGGAUUGUGAACGCCCAGACCACGAUGUUAAUAAAGCAAGGAGCUGGCGUGACAGCUUGGAGAGCUUACCCUCCGAGCUGCGCAAGAAGUCGACCGACUCAUGGCGGCCCGCAGAGCUAAUACAACGACUUUACGACUUCACGUUCGAUACGCAUAACUGGUGCAUUUGA